GCUUCCGUUACUCCCUCAGUCUCUCUCUACACUUAUAUUACUUGCUACAUAUCUCUCUUUUCUUGCAAAGAUCAGCGCCACAAAUAAAUGUACGUAAUGAGCUUCAAAUCUUUGUCUGGGACAUAGUUUUGAUCAACAUACUUGGCUGAAACAAUGGGAAAGAAAGGCUCUGGGUGGUUCUCUUCUGUCAAGAAAGUGUUCAAACCUUCCGCUAAAGACCUCCCUGACUUAAAGAAGGACAGUGCAAACAAAUGGCAACAAGAUGUUCCUGAGGUUGUGUCAUUUGAACAUUUUCCGACAGCAAGUUCACCAGAUGCGACGAAUGAUGAGAGUAAUAUGGACUCAUCGUCGUCCCCGGUAACUGAAGAUCAGCAUGCUAUUGCUGUUGCUGUUGCAACUGCAGCAGCAGCUGAGGCUGCCGUUGUAGCUGCUCAAGCAGCUGCUAAAGUUGUUCGUUUGGCUGGUUAUGGACGACAUUCUAAGGAAGAAAGAGCUGUGAUCCUAAUACAAUCUUGUUAUCGCGGAUAUCUGGCCAGACGAGCUUUGCGUGCUUUGAAGGGAUUAGUGAGGCUGCAAGCGUUAGUGAGGGGUCAUAAUGUUCGCAAGCAAGCACAGAUGACUAUGCGAUGCAUGCAGGCACUAGUGAGAGUGCAAUCAAGAGUUCGUGCACGCAGACUCCAAUUAGCCCAUCAAAAGUUUGAGAAAAGAAUCAAGGAAGAAGAAAAUCUAGCAGCAGAGGAAGAAUAUUAUAGACUAAGGACCCCAAUGAGAACUUUUGGGCCGGAAGCUUGGGACAAUAGAAAUCUGAUCAAGGAGAAAAUCAAAGAAAAUAGUAUGAGAAAGCAUGAUGCAGAGAUGAAAAGGGAGAGGGCUCUUGCAUAUGCCUUCGCUUAUCAGCAGCAACAACAAAAUGAAUACUUACAUUCGGAUCUAAAAGGGGAUGAAUUCGCACAAAGGUCCAGUGAGCAUGAAAAGCAACAAUGGGGAUGGAAUUGGUUAGAACGUUGGAUGGCGUCUCAACCACAUCACAUGCGCAAUGGACCUCAUGACAGCUCCUACAUGACUCUAAAAACUACAGACAGCAUGUCUGAAAAGACAGUAGAGAUGGAUAUGGCAAUUCCCCUGGGCUCGGAAUUUGUACCCAUGGGUAGGCGGCUAAGUGGGGACACUCUUGAGCCAGCCCGAUAUUCAACAAGGCACAAUCAACACUCUGGCUCAGAUAGCGUCCCUAGCUACAUGGCACCAACCAAAUCUGCUAAAGCCAAAGUGAGGAGUCAAGGACCAGUGUCAGCUAAGCCAAGAAACUCAUCCGUGAGCUCAUGGAAUCCAUCGACAAAGAGAGGGCCUGCUGGUACUGGUGACUCCUCAAGCUCUGGUGGGGGAACUGUAUCGUAUCAGGUCCAGAUGACACCUAGCCCGAAAAGCAAUGCACUUCAUCAGGGGCAGCCUAAAUGGAUGGCGGGCUAUAGCCCUGAUUCUAGCGGAGGUGAUGAAAGAGGCCACUUAUGGAGACACCAUUACACUUGAUUGCAUCUCACAAGAUACAACAUUGAUUGAGGGUGUGAACUGUAAUAAGUUAUUCUACCAUGUUGCAUUAUAUCAUACAAUUUGUUGCACCCUUCUUCCGUCUUGUGAUCGGAGAUCUCUGAAUAAUGUUAAAAACAAUAAGCCAGUAAAGAGUGCAAGUACUUUCUUUGGUGCCUGUGUAGUUCUCUUUGCUUCAGAUUAUGAUUCUACUGUCAAGUAACCAAGAAAGCAGAGUGUAUUUUGGGCCAAUAUGAAAUUCUUUGUCUCGA